AUGACAGUUAUAAUUUUUAUUAUUUUAUUAAUUGAAAUAACAUUAGUAAAUAAUUAUAAUAAUUAUAACUCUAUAGAUAAAAUAGAAUUGCAAUCUAAUAAUUCUAGUGUAUCUAUAUCAUAUGAUAAAAAAUAUGAAUACCUUGUUAACACAUCUGAAAAAAAUAACAGGGUAAUAUGUGUAAAAAAAGAAUAUAAUAAUUUAAUAUAUUAUGAACAUGAUAGUCAAUGUGAUCCUCAAAAUACCUUUACAUUUUCUUUUAAUUCUACAUUUAAAUUUGAUGAAGAUUUUUAUUUAUCCUAUAAAAAAAGUAAAGAAUCUUUUAUUAAAACAAACAUAACACCAAAUUUAGCUAUCGGAUCAUGUAUAAGUUGUUUUUUUCUUGAUGAAAUGAAUUUACUAAGCAUAUAUGGAUAUACAUUUAUUUAUAAAAAUUCCAGUGAAACUGAAUAUAAAAACUAUUAUAAAAAUAUUAUUGAUAUUAAUUAUAAUUUAGAUAAAAGUAGAAGCACAUUAUAUGAAGUAUCCAAUAAUAAAGGGUUCAAGAACGGUGAUAUUGUAAUCUCAAAACACAAUGAAAUGUUAAAAAAUAAUAAUGAAAAUAAAAAAAAAAAAUGGGUCUAUGAAGAAUCAAAUUCACAAAGGAAUACUAAUUUGGAAGAAACAAAUUUACUCUAUAGUGAUGAAAAUUUAAUAUUGCAAAAUUUUUUAAAAGAAAAUAGGAUACAUUAUACCUAUGAUGAAAUACGAAAAAGUAAGCCCUAUAAUACAAGUAUUGAAAGUAUAAAUUUUCAAAAUAGAAAUUCCUUUAAUGAAAAAAUGGUAGAUGAUUUUUUCAUGCAUUUAAAAGCAAAAGAAAGUAAUUAUGAUAAAAAAGAUCUUACAUUAUUCGAUAAUAAAAAUAUUUUUGAUUUAGAAAAAUUAAAAAAUCUCAUUUUAGACAGUAAGGACUGCAAUUUUUUAAAAGAAGAUAUAAAUAAAAAAAAAAUUUGGUCAAAUAUUAUCUUUGCUAGCUCAUUUACUAAUUUAAAAAUACUAUCUCACCUAAAUAACUACAGCGGAACAUAUGAUGAAUUUAGAUAUUUUUCAUUUGAUAAAAUCUACAAAAAGAGAAAAGUAAAUGAUUUUAUAUCUAUUACUUUAGAUUUAAAUAACAAAGAAUAUUUGCAGAAUAAUAAUGUAUUUAUUUUAAUAGCUAACUAUGAGAUCAAGUUUUUAAAUAAAUUAAAUUUUUGUUCUAAUAUUUUGAGUGAUGAUCCUUCAAAUGCAUACAUAAAGAAUCAUAAUAUAAUUGCAAAGUACAAAGAAAUAAAAAAUGAAUAUAUGUCAACAAAUGCAGACAACAUAGUAUUUCUGAUAAAAGCUUUAUAUUAUAAUAACGAAAUGCAUCUAUUUCUAAUUGAUGAUAUUAGAGGUUUUGGUGAUCCUAUGAAAUUAAGUGUUCCUUUUUUUUUCUUAAUUUCUCAUUCAUACUUUUCAGAGUUUACACAUUUUUUUUUAAAGGAUAAUAUAAUCGGGUGGAUUAGGAGAAAUAAGAUAUUAUAUGUCAAAACUAUGAAUAAAAUUUUUAAAUACUUUAAAAAGAGUAUUACUUAUUCUAAUAAAAAGUAUGAUGUCAUAACCAUAGAAAACAAGAUGAUCUCUAAUAUAUAUCUACUAUGCUUAAGUCAUAAUAUUUUUAAAUAUGUAAUAUUUGCAAGAUAUAAUCCAUUAAAAAAUUAUAGUUUACAUAAAAAUAUAAAUUUUGAAGCAAUUCUUCUAAAUAUGAUUAGUAAUUUUACAAAUGAGGAAUUGAUAAACCAUAAAACUUUUUUUAAAAAAAUUACAAAAAAAGAAAUUACUAAUUUAACCGAUAAAAAGAAAAUACAAAGAAUGGAUGUAUAUGAGGUAUUUAUAAUACCAUCUGAUAAUUAUGUAAAAUUUCAAAAUAUUCUGUCAAAAUUAUUCAAGGCAUUAUUUGACUGCGGAGGUAGGCAUAUUUCAAAGUUGCUAAAAAUUGUAAUUUUAAGAUCACAUUAUGAUAUGUUGUAUAGUUUUAAUUGUUAUAACUUUCAAUUGUAUAGCUUUUUAAUUAAUUUUCUAGAUUUACAUGAAUAUUUUUAUGAGUAUACAGAUCUGAAUGAUUUAUUCAAAGAAAGUCAAAAAAUUUUAAUAGAAUUAGUUAAAUUAGUACUUGAUGAAAUGAAUAAUUUGAUUCCUUUCAAUGAAGACAAGAAUUUGAUUAAAUAUCUUAUAAUUAUUCUUUAUUUUGGAAAUGAUAUGUUUUGUCUAGAUAAAGAAAAUUCUAUUUAUAUACAACUUAUUUAUGAAUUACGUCAUUUAAAUGUUCAUCAUGCCAUAAUAUUAGCUUAUCUAUCUGGAGAUAAACUUGGUACUUUGUGUUUAAGAAAAAAUGAAAUAGAGCAAAAUAAAAGUUUAGAAAUAGAUACCAAAUUUAAUUAUGAUAUUUAUGAUGAUGAUAAUAUUUAUUUAAAAUAUGGAUGCCCACGUAAAUGCAAUAUUAAUGAUUUUUCUUCUAUAUUUUUGAAAAAAUUUGAAAAAAAAUAUUUUGGUGAUUUUCAUAUGACAAUAAGAUCAACCAAUGAAUAUACUUUAGGAAUAAUUCUGGUUACAUUUAUGGCAUCAGUUGUUUUUAUAGUAGGAGAGUUGGAUGAAAAACUGAAGAGAAUUUAUGUAUACAGAAUUUUUAAAAACAUAUUUAUAAAAAAUUAUGCUUAUAAUAUAACAAAAUAUUACACUUUCUGGAAUGGUAAGCUUUAUGCUUUUGAACAAUAUGAGCCUGAAUGUAUACUUUUAUUUAAUAAAUAUGAUUUAUAUGAAAAAUAUUACUUCUCCAACAUGAUUACUUAUUCUUUAAAAAUUUAUAAUUUGAAUAAUUUAAAAAAUUAUAAAUUAAACAUGUUAAAAACAUAUAAUGAGAGUAGCAAUUUAAAUAAUAAUGAUAACCUAAUUAAUUAUUUUCAUGUAAAAAAUGAUACAUGCUUGUGUGAUAAAAAUAUGAUAAAUCAACCUAAAAGUGAUUUUGUUGUAAGUGAAUAUUUACAGUUAAGGUAUAACUUCAUGGAAAAAAUGAAAAAAAGAAAUCAUGAAUUAUAUGAAAAAAUGUUAAAUUAUAAUUUUUUUAAUGAUCCUUUGGAUAUAUCAUAUAAAACAAAACAUUUUCAACAUGAAAAAAUGAUAAAUAUUUGUAAGGAUAUAAAUUUUGAAAAAGAGAAUUUAUGUUUAUUUCAUAAGUCCAGAAUAAUAUUAACAUAUUUAUAUUUAUUGUCUUCUUCACCUGAUUUAAUUUUUUAUGUGGUUAGUCCUCUUAUUUUUAUAAAGCCCUAUGAACAUUGUGACGAAUAUGAUAUACCAUUAAUUUUAAAUAAUAUGCUUAAAAAUAGAAAUUUCUAUAAAAAAAGUGCAAAAAUAUGUAUAAAUUAUGCAUUUGCUCAUUUUAUAUCAGUUAGAGACAAAAUAAGUAACUUAGUAGUUACUGCUAAAAUAAGUGGAACGAUGGUUAAUGUUAGUAAAAGAAAUUUGUUAUUAAUUUUGCCUUUAAGCAAAAGGAUAGAUAUAUUAGACUACUCAAAAAAUAAUGAAUAUGACAUAAAGGAAGGAAUAUUGAAUGAGUAUUUUAUAUUAGGGAAUCCAUAUACUCCAAUUAAUAUUAUUUCUUAUAGAUUUCAAGAUUAUGAUGAAGUAAAAAAAAAUUAUCAUAUUACUAUUUCUGGUGCUUUUAUUAAGCAGUUUGAUAAAAAAUACGUAACAUAUAAUACCAUAACAAAAAAGUAUAAUGAAAAAAUUCAGUGCACUGAAAACCAUGCCUUUGAAAUUAAUGGAAGAGUUUUAUGUUUUUGUAGCAUAUUAUCAAAGAAGACUAAUAAUAAAUGCCUGUAUCCUUAUUGUGAACAAAGCAAAAAAUUUUGCUAUGAAAAUGAAGAAUGCAUAGAUGGUAAAUGUGUAUGCAUUGAUGGAUAUUCAAGGAAUCCUAUGAGUUCUUUAUGCGAAAAAAAUAAUGAAUGUAUGCUACACGAUGAUACCUGUGAGAGUCCAGGGUAUUGUGUACUUGCAAAAAACAGAUAUAUAUGUUUAUGUCCUUUUCCAUAUGUUAGGGUAUUAAAAACUUGCUUGCAUCCUUUAAAAGGAAUAGAAAUAGGUUUGUUUGUUUUUAAUAACUUUGAAAAUGAAUCUUCAAAUGAUGAAGAUAAUGCAUCGAAAAAAGAAAAAUUUUAUACUAAUGUUUUUGGAUCUAUGUCUGAAUAUAUUAAAGCCUCUGUUAAUUAUAUUAUAGAACCUGAUUUAAAAUCAAGAAUUUAUGUUAAACCUAUAAAAAAGAUGAAAAAUGGAAUAAAAGUGACUAUAAUAAUAUAUCAGAGAAUUGAUCCUAAUGAACCAACACCAAUUGAAGUAUUUAAUAAUUUUUUAAAUCAAUUAACUGAUUCUACUUCUGCUUUAAAUAAUGGAUUCUAUUCAUAUUUUGCUCGCUUUACAUAUAUAGAAUACGUAGUAUCCUUUUCUAAAAAUGAGACUAUUUCAUAUCUUUAUCAAAAUUUAAUAAAAUACAUACCAAGUCUCUUUGUAAAAGUUUUAGAGGUUGAUAUGUUUAAUGACAUAUCAAUUAUUGCAUGUUUUAAUUUUAUAAUUUUAAUUGUUGUUACUCUUCUAUUACUUUUAUAUUUUUUAUAUUUGUUUAUCAAAAUAAAGUUUUUCCAAAAUGAAAGAACAAAAACAUUUUAA